AGAAAGAAAUAUAAGAGACGAUGUCGUUUGAGUCGCGGGUUUUAAAGCCUAUCAGUGACUCUCGCUUCUAACCCUAGGGCGUUGCUUGCAAUUUUCUCUUGAGUGAAUCGUGAAAUGGGUUGGAAAGCUGCUGAGAAACUCAUUAGGCACUGGAAAAUUCUCAGAGGGGAUAAUGUUAUGAUAAUAAGGGGCAAAGAUAAGGGUGAGACUGGCACUAUUAAGCGUGUCAUUCGCUCCCAGAAUCGUGUCAUUGUUGGUGGUAAAAAUCUGGUGAAGAAGCAUAUCAAGCAAGGGCAAGGUCAUGAAGGGGGCAUCUUUUCAGUUGAAGCCCCCAUUCAUGCCUCCAAUGUGCAGGUUAUUGACCCAGUGACAGGGAAGCCUUGCAAGGUUGGAACUAAAUAUCUUGAAGAUGGUACUAAAGUCAGAGUAUCUCGAGGUAUAGGAGCAUCUGGGUCCAUAAUCCCUCGACCUGAGAUCUUAAAGAUAAGAACUACCCCAAGACCUACUGUCCUUGGUCCUAAAGAUACUUCAAUGGAUAUUGUGUUAGAGAAGACUUACGAUGCUAAAACAGGAAGGGGCAUGCCUGAGCUUUAAGGAGUUUAGGUACCUUAUUUGAAUUAGGUAGUUGCUAUCACGAUGAACAAGAUAUGGAAUGAGUUGUCACAUGUUUUGUUUAUUGUGCUUCUGUUGAAAUGCUAUCAAAUUUUCUUGUUUAAUGUGAUAUAGUUGAGUUACCAAUAGCUAAAAACAGUUAAUAAUUUUUUGCCUUUUCCUAUUCAAUUAAUGUAUGCUGUUUUUGAAGGAUGGUCACUUCACUCCAUAGUCGUUAAAGUGAAGGAAAAAAAAAACCUUUGUUAUGGUUCUGGUGAUUUAAUUAAUUGGGUUCACCCUUUCAUGUUUGAUUUGA